CCUGCCCCGUAAGAAGGCCAAAGUCUGUUUAAAGCUCCACAAAGUAUUUCUAGGAUCUCUAAAUUUUGUUAGGCCUGUAGCAAAGGGGCCCAUUCACAGUCCAGAAGCCCAAAAUGUCUACCCUAUUGCUUUACAGUUCUGUAAAUGAUUCAAUAAUUUAAAGUGUGCCUGCAGUGAGUGAGAAAUCCCAUCUGUUUAGUGGGCCAACCUGGGUUUGUUGUCUGCCUUUGACUGCAUACACAUCACAUUAUAAUUUGCUCUUCCUGUCAUCUGCUUUCUCGUAAACUAUCAGGAAAUUGAAAUUAGCCCAGCUUCUCUACUAUUUAGUACUUUAGAGACUAGGGUUCUGGUCAGUUUAAAUAUUUUAGUGGCUUCCAAGAAUGUAGCUACAUGAAAGAAAAGGAUGAUUUGAUGUGGCUGACAGUAAGGGAGUGGGGGAAGACUUGCAGGGGUAUGGAGAAAUGCAAAGUGGGGUUGGAAUAAACCUUUGGGUCUGUCAACCUUGACAUUCUCUUUAAAUGUAUCUGUUGCAUUUUUUUUCCAGAGAUCUGCUUACAUAUAUAAAGGGUGACAUUCACCUUAAUUUAGCUUCCAAUGGCGAGGCCAAAGGAAGACUCCCUUUAGGAUUACCCGAUGAAACUUCUGUCUGUUUUGGCAGGUGGCAAUAUGUACUGAUAGCAGUUCCUUAUUGAACUCUAAGAUACCAGCAAGUUUUCAGCCAGAUUCUCUCUCUGGAUGGGCAAGAAAUACAAGUAAAAGCAAAAAGGCCAAAACCUCAUUGUUUCAAUUGUGGUUCUGAAGAGCAUCAAAUGAAAGAUUGUCCAAAGCCACGGAAUGCUACCCGUAUAAGUGAGAAAAGAAGAGAGUUCAUGGAAGCCUGUGGUGAAGCAAGUAACCAGAACUUUCAGCAACGUUAUCAUGCAGACGAAGUAGAAGAGAGGUUUGGGAAGUUUAAACCAGGAAUAAUAAGUGAAGAACUUCAAGAUGCGCUUGGUGUCACAGAUAACAGUCUUCCUCCAUUUAUAUAUCGCAUGCGCCAGUUGGGUUACCCCCCAGGUUGGCUCAAAGAAGCUGAACUGGAGGAUUCAGGACUUGCACUUUAUGAUGGAAAAGAUGCUACUGGUGGUGAAACAGAAGAUGAAAGACCCUAUCAACAAAACAAAUGUGUCACUUAUGAUGUCUCUAAGUUAAUAAACUAUCCGGGCUUUAAUAUGUCUACUCCAAGUGGGAUCUCAGAUGAAUGGAGGAUAUUUGGUUCCAUACCCAUGCAGCCAUCUCAACAGAAGGACGUUUUUGCUAGCUACCUUUCUAAUUUUCAGGCGCCAAGUCCAAAAUCUAGCAAUAAAAGGUCUGCAUAUCCAUCAAGUUCUCACAAUUCAAAGAAGGUAAAAGGAGACAAUUCAGCAGUAUCAGUAGCUGACAUGGACAUGGAUUCUGAUUUGGAAAUGCCACACAGUUCUCUAGCUUAUGACAGUUUUCAGUUCCAACCUCCACUGCCACCUGGGUCUCCAUCGAUUGCAACUCCGCCCCCAUUGCCACGAGGCACUCCUCCACGUACUCCACCCAACUUCACAUCCCCUCUACCUCCAGCGCCUACUGCCUCUCUUCGCAGGAAUACUCCAGCAUCAACUCCUUCUGCUCAGCCAAGAGUGGGGGAUUCAGCCAUGGAUGAAGAUACUUUGACCCUAGAAGAGCUUGAGGAGCAGCAGCGAUUGAUUUGGGCUGCACUUGAGCAGGCAGACAGUACAAACAGUGACUCUGAUAUACCUACUGAUACACCUUUAACUGGAAACUCUGUUACAUCAUCACCAUCUAGGAAUGAACUGGACAUUAUUCCAGAAGGAAGAACCUCUGAGAAGCUGGUUGCAAUGGAAAUAGGGAUUUCAGACACUAGUAUGCAGAUAUCCGGAACCGAACAUUCUAAAAGUGACCCUAAUUCAGGGGAUAGAUUGCUUGACCUAAAGGAAGGUGACACUGAUCAUGUGGAUUCUGAAGGCAUGCUGGAGAACAGCACUACAGGCUCAAAAUGUGAGGUUAACAAUGGAGGAAAUGAAGGUAUUACUCAUGUGGUCACCAGUGCUGAAUCCUCUACAAAAAAUUCAAAUCCUGUUCCUGACAUGAGCAAGUUUGCGGCAGGAAUAACACCAUUUGAGUUUGAAAAUAUGGCAGAAUCAACUGGUGUUUAUCUUCGGAUACGAAGUGUAUUAAAGAAUUCCCCAAGAAACCAGCAAAAAAACAAAAAGGCUUCAGAUUAACUUGUCUUCCUUUAAGGUUUUAUGGUGCCCCCAAAAGAAACUUAAAGUAUCCACCAAAUUGGAUAAUCUCAUGUGCCCUUUUGUGAAAAACUUUUUAGUAGUUAAGAGUGGACUAAUAUAAUUCUUCUGUGUUCUUCCCUAGAGGUUGUUUUUUAUUAUUUUUUUAAGUUCAUGCAGGGCUUCCAUUUGACCAGGACCAAUGUUAACCGUUCAAUACAUGAGAACUUGACUAAAUCAAAACCUUCCACUAAGUGGUGUAAGGACUAUUGAUUUAUUUGUUCAGCAUAUUUUACACUCUGAUACAUGAAACUCUUAAAACAGUGAGGCAUCGGUUGCUGUUUAAUAUUUUGGUUAAGAUUUAUAUUAUCGUUAAUGGUGAGUUUCAGGUGGAAUGUUGGUUUUUAUCUGUCCUUUAUACAUUAGUCUGCUCUUUCUACAUUUUGCUAAUUAUCUUGUAGAUAAGUUUAAUAUAUUACAGUUUUUAAAAAUUCCAAUAUUUUAAAAUGUUCCACAUGAAAAGUCCUGGCAAUCAGAUGGGAAUAAUCAGGGAUGACCAGCAUUAUCCUCAACAUUUCGGAUAUUUUUUAUAAAUUAAUUGUGGGUCAAUUUUUAAGCACCACUUCUACCUUUUGUAACAUCAUUCUUUAUGUAAACUUGCUGUACAUACCUGUUCAUUCUUGUGUACAGAGGUUUAAUAAAUGAGUUUUCAUAUAAA